CGGGGUCAAGAUGAACGGCGCUGGUAGUUCUGCGGAGUUCACGGCGGCUUUGCAGGACAGAGCAGGCGACAGAGAUGACAGGACCGUGAGAGACAUCAGUGUGGAAAACCUUCAGCAAGAAAACUCAGCAUCAGAAGAGCUUGUGGCUUUACCAGGAAGAUCCCAAGAGCAUCUUUCCUUCCUGACCGAGUCUGCACAUGAUGGGUGGGAGAAUGAGAAUCAGGGGAAACCAAUUGGUGUGUCACCAGAAAGAGCUGCAUGUGAGGAGAUGAAAGAAAAGCCAGAGGCCUGGAGGGAAAAAUCCUUUUCUUUCCAAGAAAACGACUUCCCAGAAAUUCAGCAAACGAUAUACACAGGAGAAAAUAAGAAUACGUGCCCUGUGUGUGGGAAAAUAUUCAGAGAUGAUUCGAACCUUAAGCGACAUCAGAGAACUCAUACAGGAGAAAAACCAUACCAGUGUUUGUACUGUGGAAAGAGCUUCAGUCGAAACACAAACCUUGCAUCCCAUCAGAGAAUCCACACGGGGGAGAAACCAUAUAUGUGUUCGGUAUGUAGCAAGACCUUUUGUGACAAAUCCAGCCUUAAUCGACAUGAGAGAAUCCACUCUGGGGAAAGGCCAUAUGAGUGUUAUGAGUGCGGGAAAAGCUUUGAUCUGAGUCAGUCCCUGAUCAGCCAUCAGAGAACCCACACAGGAGAGAGACCAUAUAAAUGCCCAGAAUGUGGGAAAACAUUCAACCGGAGCCAAAACCUCCUUAGCCACCAGAGAAUCCACACGGGAGAGAAACUGUACAAAUGCUCAGAAUGUGGGAAAAGCUUCAGCAGAAGCCAGAAUCUCACACGACACCAGAGCAGCCACACAGAGGAUAAAUUGUAUGAAUGCUACGAGUGUGGGAAAAGCUUCCGUCUGAGCCAGUCCCUUAUUAGCCAUCAGCGAAUCCACACUGGAGAAAAACCAUACACAUGUGACCAGUGUGGGAAAAGUUUCAACCGGAGUCAAAACCUCAUGAGCCACCAGAGAGUCCACACAGGAGAAAAACAGUACAAAUGCUUAGAGUGUGGCAAAUGUUUCAAUUGGAGCCCAGACCUCCUUCGCCAUCAGAGAAUUCACACUGGAGAGCAGCCGUAUAAUUGCUCAAAAUGUGGAGAACGCUUCAAUCGGCGUGAGAAUCUUAUUAGACAUAUGAGAAUACACAUGGACAAAACUACAUUGCAUUGAGUAUCCCUUACUCACUAGGAUUCUUAUCAGCUAUUAGAGAAUCUACCCAUCUGGUACUGUUUAAAAAAAUACACCUUUAGCUAUGAUACUGUUUUACAUUCCCCCCCACCAGUACAUUUUUGUUACGCAGUUGUCAGUGUGUGACAGCUGUUACAAGUUACAGUUUAAAGGGAACACAUCAUCUUCUGGGACUGGUGGGAAAGCAUUUUGGAAGCUGUUAUCUGAGAUCAGUGAGGUAACAGACAAGGUCAAAGAUUCCACGACAGACAGAAAGCCAUAACAAAGCUGAACAGUUUCAUAAUCUGAAACUACUCCAAUUAAGCAAAAGUUUACAGAGGCUUCCUAUUUUUUUUUAAAAAUCCUCAUCUUCCUUCAAGUAGUUCAGAGUAACUUACCUGAGUCUCUUCCAUUUUAUCAUCUCAACAACCCUAUGAGGUAGGCUUGGGCUGGGCAAGAGAGAGAGUGUAGUUUAGAUGGGUAGCCAUGUUGGCCUGCAGUAGAACAGCAGGAUUUGAGUCCAGUGGCACCUUAGAGACCAACAAGAUUUUCAGAGUGUAAGCUUUCGAGAGUCAGAGCUCCCUUCUUCAGGAAGAGUGUGUGUGACUGUGACUGGCCUGAGUUUACUUAGUGAGCUUCACAGCUGAUUAUUUAUUUUAUUUAUUUAUUUUUUCAAUUUAUAUACCGCCCAUCCCCAGGGGCUCUGAUUAGGGAGUUUGAACUCAGGUCUCUGCAUUCUUACUACUAAAUUCUGAGCCCGCUGGCUCUCUGCAACUGUUGGCAGAAACUUCCAAAGGGUUGAUGGCCUUUCUUCAAUACAGUGGUGUUAAACUAGCCAGAUUUUUAUGUUUUUCCAUCUCUGUGGAACCCCUGUGGUAUAGUGGUUACGGAUCUAGAGCCUCUGUGAGCCGUACUCAAUAAAUCUAGCCCUUGGUCAAGUGAGGGCUGAUUUCCCCCAUCCUCCUUCCCUGGAUCCCAGUAACCUUUAGCCCUGUUGCAGAAUCAGGUGGCGCACUCCUUGAGCAUGCUUAGAAGAUUCUUGUUGAAGCACCCACCUGAUUCCCUGCAUGCAAGGGGAGCGGAAAAUAAUGUGGUGUAGUGGUUAAGAGUCUCGGGCUAGGAUCUGAGAGACACAUCUCCACUCUGCCAUGGAAGCUCGCUGGGUGACCUUGGACCAGUUGCACCCCCCAUCCUAACCUACCUCACAGGGUUGUUGUGAGGACCAAAGGUAGGAGGGGAUAAUGUUGUAAUCCGCUUUGGAUUCCCACUGGGGAGAAAAUGAAGUUAAUUAAUAAAUAAGCUUCAGAUCUGCCUCUGAAGUACCUCAAACUUGGUGCCAUCUGCCGAAGGGGACUUUGGCAUUGUGAUUCUGAGGAGUCACUCAACAAGCAAAGUGAGACACAGCACUGUCACAUGUAAACAUUUGUGGUUGCAUCAGAAAAAAGUAAAAUGAAAGUAAGUUCCUAUGCCUGAAGUGCUUUCGGUCUCAGAUAAUAUCUAGGACAUUCAAAACUUGGCUUUGUUGCCUUAGUGUAGUAGUACAGCUCGCAAUUUAUUCAGAAAUACCAUGGAAAUGAAACAGUCACCAGAAUCAAUGUGUUUAAUACAGUUAAGACCAGUAUGUUCGAACACCUUUUUGUCCCACUCUUCUUUGUGGGGAAGGGGGUUUGAAAAUAAACAUAGUUCCCCUCUUCUCCGUUUUUAACGUCACAAGAAUCCUGUGAGAUGGGCUACGCUGACCAUGUGACUGGCCCAAAGUCAGCCUGCUGGUAUCUUGACAGAGUUGGGUUUGAA